UCCUCUCGGUGACGCCGACGCAGCGUAAUUUAGGGCUUUAGCUCAGAAGCUCGAGAAUUGCAGAGGUUCUUCUUCCCAAGCUUGGUUGACUGUUCCCGGUGGGGAGCUAGAGCAGGCAGCGGCGAUGGAGGGCGGCGAAGAAGCGGGGGCUGACCGGGUGGUGGACUCGAAGGACAUGCAGCAGCAGAGCAAGGCCUUCGACAAGCUCACCGACCGGGUGGAAGACCGACAGCUCGACUCCACCCGCGUUCAAGAGGCGAUGGCGUCGAUCUCGGCGUCAACUGAAGCAGAUCGCAAUGCCAUGAGACUCAGGGAGAAAGAACUGGCGGCUGUUAAGAUCGAUGCAGGUGACGUUGAUAUAAUUGCCAAUGAACUCGAGUUGGAUAAGAAGGUUGCCGAGAGGACGCUGCGUGAGCACAAAGGCGAUGCUGUUGCUGCCAUUCGUUUCUUGCUUCGGUGAGAAGCCACCGUGGUGAUCGGAAUUUCAUGUGUCUUGACUCUUCAAAUGUUUUCUGAGAAGAUACUUCUACUGUACGUUACGCAAAUUGAAAUGGGCAUGCAUAAUUUCGAGGUUUGAGUCAAUGCAAUAUACACAGGCUGUGCUGGUGAUUGGAAGGAUGUAGCAUAUAGUUCCAUUUCUUUGCAAAACAUAGGCCUUGUAUGUCAUUUGAUUCUUCUCGAUUCUUGUAUGUGAGAUUCCUUCUUUGAUUGAUGCCA